AAUAUGAGAAUAAUUGUAAAUGAAUGAAUUGUUUCACAGGUUUGACAGAAUCAUGGGGACUGAAACUGGGACCAGUAGUAGUCAGCAGAUUUCAAUCUGUCGCCCGACCAGCAUCUCUGGUCUCGAUAGAAAUCACAAAACAGGCCGACGCUCCCGAAUCGGUCGAUCAUUUUCUAAUCGACUUGAAACACAAACUGCGUGACAAAAUUGUGUCAGUGGGCACGCGACAGUCUAUCUGUUUCUACGGGCGGCGAGUCAAGUUCAUUGUGACGAAAGUUGAAGCAAUCAAGGAGGUCGUGGAAGAGGUCAAGGACGAUACGGAAGCUCUGAAACAAAUCACGGAUGAUCCGGAAGCGUUAAAACUAAUCACGGACGAUCCGGAAGCGUUAAAACGGAUCACGGACGAUCCGGAAUCCUUGAACCAAAUCACGGACAGUUUAAAAUCGCUGAAAGUGAAGGAUGACGUCGCCUCGACAAAGUUCUAUAGAUUGUGUGACGUCACUAAAUUUGUUCUGGUGCAACCGAAGAAAAGUGCAACUAGAAGUGAUGAUGAAUUUGCCUUGAAAUUUAACGCGUUUGGUGGCUACAAAAGUAUUGUGGAAGAUUUGAAAGAAACGAUUUCGUUUUCGUUGCAGACUGGUGGUGAUAAAGGUAUUAAGCUAUCCUCGGGAGUUCUUUUGUACGGUAUGAAUGGAACGGGAAAAUCACAUCUAGCUCAGUGCCUCAUUCAAGCUGGGGUCAAUUCAGUCAAAAUUCAGAGCGGUGACGUUUACAGCAAAUUCUACGGCGAAACAGAAUCGAACCUGCGAUCACUGUUCAGGAAGGCAAUCGACCUGGCACCCUGUAUAAUCCUGCUUGACGACGUGGACACCCUGUGCUCGAAACGCGUCUCCAGCGCGUCCAAUCAGGGCAGUCGUGUGGUGGCCAGCAUUGUCACCCUCAUCGACUCGCUGCAAAACGAGAAUGUUUUUGUGAUCGCCACCUCUAGUCAGCCGCACCUUCUGGAGCCAGCGUUGCGAAGGCCUGGAAGACUUGACCGCGAAAUAGAACUACCCGUGCCUAUGGCAUCUGACCGACGUGAAAUCCUGCAAUGCCUUCUGAAGCGAGCCGGCUGCUCUGGUGUGGACCCUUCAAUGGCUGCCAGCGAUGUGGACCCUUCAAUGGCUGCUAGUGAUCGAGACCCUCAAAUGGCUGCCAGUGAUCGAGACCCUCCAAUGGCUGCCUGUGAUCGGGACCACUUAAUGGCGGACUCUGUGGCGGACGCAGCUCACGGAUUUGUGGCCGCCGACCUGAGUGCACUGCUGUCGCACGCACAGGUGCAUGCCAGGCGCGACGGCGGCCGCGUGCGCCUGGAGGUGGCAGAUUUGAAAUGGGCGCUCACUCAGGUCAAGCCCAGUGCCAUGCGGGAGGUCUAUGUGCAGGUGCCUAAUGUGCGUUGGAGCGACAUCGGAGGUCAAGAAGAGCUGAAACUGAAGCUGCGGCAGGCGGUGGAGUGGCCAAUCAGGCACCCCGAGGCAUUUGCGCGCCUAGGCAUCAAUCCGCCCAAAGGCGUUCUCAUGUAUGGACCGCCUGGCUGUUCCAAGACCAUGAUUGCCAAGGCACUCGCCACUGAGAGCAAGCUCAACUUUAUAUCUAUCAAGGGCUCGGAGCUGUUCAGCAAAUGGGUUGGCGAAUCGGAGCGCGCGGUUCGCGCCACAUUCAAGCGUGCACGCAGCGUGGCGCCGUCGGUCGUGUUCUUCGACGAGAUUGACGCACUGGCCGGCGACAGGGGCGGUGGAGGGGAGGGCAGGGGUGGGGGUGCCCAGGUGCAGGAGCGGGUGCUGGCUCAGCUGUUGACUGAGUUGGACGGUGUGGAGCCGCUCGGCAAUGUGUCCGUGAUUGCUGCCACCAAUCGACCUGAUCGCAUCGAUAAGGCUUUAUUGCGUCCAGGACGUUUGGAUCGCUUGUUUGUGCCGCUACCUGAUUUACAGACCCGGAAACAGAUUCUGGAGUUACAGUUUCGUAAAACGCCGAUUUCAGACGAUGUAGAUGUUGACGAACUAAGCUCUUUGACUGAAGGCUACUCUGGUGCUGAGGUGUGGCUGUGUGUCAAGAGGCAGCGUUGUCAGCAUUACAAGAAGACAUAUCAGCAGCGAAAGUUUCACAGA